AGCGCGGGAAGAUUUGGCGCGAAUUUCAAAUGCGGCGCGCGAGCUGCGAAACGAAAAAAAAUAUUCAAGAAAACAUCCCGUUACUGCUAGAAAGAAGAAACAAACAGUGCGACAAACUACAAAAAUUAUCCGUCUUAUCCGAGCUGCUAAGGCCGAUACUUUACCAGAAUGCUUCAUGCAGAAGACCAGGUUGUUGAGGGGGAUGAACUUGGCGAAGAAGAAGAGGACUCUUUCUACCAAGAUAUUGAUAUGCUCCAAUCCCAUGGCAUUAACGUGGCCGAUAUCAAAAAAUUAAAAGCAGCGGGAAUAAAUACCAUAAAGGGAAUACAAAUGACGACACGACGAAAGCUUUGUCAAAUUAAAGGAAUUUCUGAGGCAAAGAUGGAAAAAAUUAAGGAAGCUGCAGCAAAAUUAAGUAGUGCUGGCUUUGUGACAGCUCUUGAGUACAGUGACCUACGCAAGCUUGUUUUUAGGGUGUCUACUGGCAGCACUGAGCUAGACAAACUUCUUGGAGGUGGAAUUGAAAGCAUGGCGAUCACAGAGGUUUUUGGAGAAUUCCGUACUGGUAAAACCCAGCUGUCACAUACAAUGUGCGUCACUGCGCAGCUUCCAGGUGUUAAUGGUUAUUCUGGCGGCAAGGUAAUCUUCAUCGACACUGAGAAUACCUUCCGCCCUGACCGGCUACGAGAAAUCGCAGAUCGCUUUAACUUGGAUCAAAACGCAAUGCUGGACAAUGUGCUCUACUGUCGAGCCUACACAAGUGAGCACCAAUACGAACUACUCGACAGCGUUGCAGCCAAGUUUCAUGAAGAACCUGGCGUAUUCAAACUAUUAAUCGUAGACUCAGUGAUGGCAUUGUUCCGAGUGGACUUCACAGGGCGUGGUGAGCUGGCAGACAGACAACAAAAACUGGCUCAGAUGCUCUCUAGGUUGCAGAAGCUGUCUGAAGAAUUUAAUGUUGCAGUUUUCAUCACAAACCAGAUGACGGCAGAUCCUGGUGCGACAAUGAGUUUUCAGGCUGACCCCAAGAAACCAAUUGGGGGACAUAUUCUAGCACAUGCAUCCACAACAAGAAUAAGUCUAAGAAAAGGCAGAGGGGAGACCCGCAUUGCUAAGAUUUACGACAGCCCUGACCUGCCUGAGAACGAAGCCACAUUUGCAGUGACACCAGGUGGAAUAGCAGAUGCCAAGGAGUAAAAAACAAGACACCAACAUUAUAUUGGAUUUAUAUACAAUUAUAUUGUAAAGACUGUUUUUCAUGUAUAAUUAAUGGUGAGAGAAGAGGUCUGUUUUCGUAAGCAUUUUUAAAAAAUAUACACCUACAUUUUGAUAUGGAAAACCUUAGUUCCAGAAAUAAGAUCCCAACCCCAAUAGACGGAAUUUUAAAGGACCCCAAAUAUCCUUAGAAUCUAUAGUUUUCUUAUUUCAGAAUACAUUCAUGUAAAAUAAGUGCUUUUCAUAAAAUAAAUUUGAUCAUAAUUCAAUGAAAAA